AGUUUGGGCUUUGAACAUUGCCGCGAAGAGACUAAAGAGUAAACGGCGCCGUUAACCGUUUGCUUUUCUUCCCGUUACCUUGUCCUCCAAGAUCUCUACAGCUAGAAAAGCCAGAGAUCGGAAGAAACUGAUAUCAAACAGCUAUGGCUAGAUACGAUAGAGCAAUCACCGUCUUCUCUCCCGACGGCCAUCUUUUCCAGGUGGAGUACGCCUUGGAAGCCGUACGAAAGGGUAACGCCGCUGUCGGGGUCCGAGGUACUGAUACUGUCGUCCUCGGCGUCGAGAAGAAAUCCACUCCCAAAUUACAAGAUUCCAGAUCGGUAAGAAAGAUUGUGAGUCUAGACAAUCACAUUGCAUUGGCUUGUGCUGGACUGAAAGCAGAUGCACGUGUUCUUGUAAAUAGGGCACGGAUAGAGUGCCAGAGCCACAGGCUCACUGUGGAAGACCCUGUAACUGUUGAGUACAUAACUCGCUAUAUCGCUGGACUUCAGCAAAAGUACACCCAAAGUGGCGGUGUGAGACCGUUCGGUCUUUCCACCUUGAUUGUUGGUUUUGACCCAUACACAGGUGUCCCGUCUCUUUACCAGACAGAUCCAUCUGGAACAUUUUCAUCAUGGAAGGCCAAUGCAACUGGGAGGAACUCCAACUCAAUUCGGGAGUUUCUGGAGAAGAACUAUAAGGAUACAUCUGGCCAGGAAACUGUGAAGCUAGCCAUUCGUGCUUUACUCGAAGUGGUUGAAAGCGGUGGAAGGAACAUAGAAGUAGGUGUGAUGACAAAGGAGCAUGGACUGAGACAACUAGAGGAAGCAGAAAUUGAUGGCAUUGUGGCUGAGAUUGAGGCUGAGAAAGCUGCUGCGGAAGCUGCCAAGAAGGCUGGUCCUUCAAACCAAACCUAAGCUACUUACGCACCUCACAGGAUUGUGAUUUGCUUCAAUCGCUCUCUGCCUUUCACCAUGGCUGGACUUCUGAAGUGCGAAGGAAGCUUCAUACUGACCCUGGAGUAAUAUUGUAUUUUAUAUGCUCUAUAUCUCAAAUUGGCCGGUUUAGUCAAACUGCACGAGGGAAAAAAUCCAAAACAUUCAAAACUUUCUAGUUUUGAAAUUCCUGUAAAUGGAAGAAAGACAACGUGAAUGAUAAUUCCAUUUCCUUAUAUGAAAACUGGCAAGACUUUAAGCCACUACAAGUCUACAACCAAAUUACAAAUCUACAAUGUGCGCAAAUUUUGUAUGGACCGUAGUACUCUUUUUCUUGUAAAACUUCUUUGUUGUUUACUUUCCCCAGUUUAAGGAAAUCUUACUACUUUUCUUUGAGGGAUUCGUAUGAACUCUGCCUUAUUUUUUGAAGUGUCUUCUUUCCAUAU